AGAUAAUUACUUUUAAGUAAAUUGAAAUUAUUUCCUUAAUUUUUUUUUGUUUAACUUGUAGUAUAAAAAAAGAGAAUUUGAAGCGGUGGGGGAAGAAAAGGCAGUUGAAAGUGAAGAGCAAAACCCUAGUUAUUGGGGACAAAAUGGCAGAAGCAGGACAAGAUGAAGAAGAACACACAUUCCCCCUUAAAAGGAAUUUACCCGCAGAAGAAGAAGAAGAAGCCGCCAUUGCCAAAUCCCAUGAAGAUGAGGCGAACAAGAAGCAAAAACUCGAUGAUUCGUCGUCAGUCGCCCACUUGAAUGAAAUCGAAGAGGACGAUGAUGACUAUGAAGAAGGUGAGGAUGAUGAUGAUGAUGAUGAGGAGGAGGAGGAGGAGGAGGAGGAGUCCAAUGGAGAGGCGGAAGUCGAUCGGAAAGGAAAGGGGAUUUUAAGAGAUGACAAGGGUAAGGGAAAGUUGAUUGAGGACUCCGACUCUGAUGAUUCUACUGAUUUUGGAGGCGAAUCUGAUGCUGACACCGACACUGACCUCUCCGACGAUCUACUCGCCGAGGUCGAUUUGGGUAACAUUAUUCCCUCCAGGACCAGACGUCCUACCCAUCGAUCUUCCCUUAAGAUAUCUGAUGAUCCCGUUAAACCUGAUGGUACCGGCGCUUAACUCUGCUUCCAACAAAUGAUAGUACUUCUUAUGUUUAAAAGAUUUCUGUAUUUAGAUAGAGACGUGUCUUUUUAGCUGCUUCUCAUCCUCCUACUACAACUACAAUGUGGUCGAAUAGUUUGUAUUUCGACUUUGAUCUUUAUUUCUCAUGUAGUUGGGGAAUUACAUUACCCUUAAACCAGUUUUAUUAAUCUGGUUUUUUGCUCUUGUUUA